AUGCAAGCGAUACCCACAGAAGAGCAGCCGCUGAGCAUGGCCCAACCACAGCAAAUUCCAUCACGGCCAAAACGAAAGCGAUCAGAUCGUCUACCCCAUCAAUCCAUAUCUCAACUUAUCCGUAACACGAAAGAUUGGGAGGUCCCCGAGACCUCUGCCGAGGGACGAACUGUCAAGAGAUCUAGAGGUCUAGGCACAAAAAAGAAAAGUGGACUGUUUGCGAGUUCCAUCCCGACUGCUUUACUGGGUUAUAUCUCUGGUAUCAUUGUGCAGGCCUCGCCGAAGAUUAUCUGGACGCCACUUCGGCUCCGUAUCUAUGAGGCGAAGCUUGACCUCGAUUCACUGCUUCAGAUGAAGCGCGAAUUAGUCGACUAUGUCCGAUUGUUAUACGCCAAAGGUAUUGAAUAUAAAGCCAAGCCGGACUGGUUAUUUCCUCUUAGGAAAUUGUCGGGCGGUUGGCUACUAUUUUUGGGUGGGUGGGCGGAAACGAACUUCUGCUCGAUACCAGAUCGAAUUCAAUCCGCCGAGUGGAAGGCUCAAGAAACGGAGCAGUUAGAUGGGGUAGAGCGGAUGUUUACUGAACUUCGUGCUCGUCUGGAUGAAAGGGAUAAAGCAAUAGCCUCCAAAGCUCAAAGCGCGGCACAUGAAUCGAAACAACGACCGCGCUCCCAUUCAAAGCGAAACGCAAAAUGCAACGAUGUGGCCAAACAUAACGACAAGGAUGCGGAAACAGUUUGA